GAUAUGGUAGAAUAUAAACUUCAGUGCCUAUUUUUCGGCUGAAGCAGCGGCAUCUGCGCUUUUGUGCGUAAAAGUACGAGUGAUUCAAACGCGCAGCCCAUGUGUGUCAGAUUUCAGUUAGAACUCUUCACGAACCUUUAAAACAAUAUUUUUAUCGGCUACCACUAGACACUAUCCAACUAUGUUCACCCUCACACACGCUGAGAAACUGCGUCAAAGAGCGCCCGCAGUCGUUGCGUCAUAGAGGACACGUAAGUGGCUGGCUGGAGUCUGACGGGGGAGCACAGACAGUAGGACGACGUUCACACAGCACCGAUACUUCCUGCACUGACAAGGCUCCAGAUUAUUGCUUGCUGCACAGAGCUGACAAGGAAGACCAAAUAUAGUCAUGGUGUUCAGAGGCACAAUAACAGAUGCCCCAGACUUCGAUCCCACUGCUGAUGCUGAGAGCCUGUACAAUGCUAUGAAAGGCUUCGGUAGUGAUAAAGAGGCCAUCUUGGCCCUGGUCACCUCAAGAAGCAACGCACAGAGGCAAGAAGUCAUUGCAGCAUACAAGUGUAACUUUGGACAGGACCUAAUUGAUGAUCUGAAGUAUGAGCUAACGGGCAAAUUUGAGCGUCUCAUCGUCAGUCUGAUGAAAACUCCACCCUACCAUGAUGCCAAAGAAAUCCAUGAUGCCAUCAAAGGUGCUGGAACAAAUGAGAAGUGCUUGAUUGAAAUCUUGGCCUCUAGAAACAACAAACAGACACGUGAGAUGGUUGCAGCAUACAAGGAUGCUUAUGGCAGAGACAUGGAGGAGGAUAUCAUCGCAGACACUUCAGGUCACUUUAAGAAGAUGCUGGUUGUUUUACUUCAGGGGACCAGAGAUGAGUCAGGUGUGGUGGAUGCAGACCUGGUGGAUCAGGAUGCACAAGACCUGUAUACAGCUGGAGAAGCGCAGUGGGGGACAGACGAGGCCAAAUUCAUCACAAUCCUGGGAAACCGCAGUGUUACUCACCUCCGCAUGGUUUUUGAUGCAUAUGAGAAGAUUGCAGAGAAGUCCAUUGAGGACAGCAUAAAAAGUGAGCUGUCUGGAGACUUUGAAAGGCUGAUGCUGGCUGUUGUCCAGUGCAUAAGGAGUGUUCCCAUGUUCUUUGCCAGGUGUCUUUACAGGUCAAUGAAGGGACUUGGUACAGCUGACAACACCCUGAUCAGGAUCAUGAUUUGUCGCUCUGAAAUUGAUAUGUUAGACAUUCGAGAGUUUUUCCGCCUCAGUUAUGAGAAGUCACUUUUUAACAUGAUUAAGGAUGACACUUCAGGAGAUUACAAGAAGACUCUGCUUAAUCUGUGUGGAGGAGAUGACGACUUAGCUGGAGAGUUCUUCCCUGAAGCUGCUCAGAUAGCCUACAAGAUGUGGGAAAUAAGUGCCACGACCAAAGUCCAGCUAAGGCCAACAGUCCGCCCCGCACCUAAUUUUGACCCCGCUGCUGACGCACAAGCGCUGCGAAAAGCUAUGAAGGGAUUCGGAACAGAUGAGGAUGCAAUCAUUGACAUUGUUGCACAGAGAAGCAACGCCCAGAGGCAAGAGAUCAGACAGUCAUUCAAAUCCCUACUGGGAAGGGAUCUGAUGAAGGACCUGAAGUCUGAACUGUCAAAGAACUUAGAGAGGCUGAUCAUUGGGCUCAUGCUGACCCCUCCGGAGUUUGAUGCCAAAAUGAUGAGGAAAGCAAUGGAGGGGGCUGGGACAGAUGAACACGCUCUGAUCGAGAUCCUGGUCACCAGGAGCAACAGGAAAAUACAGGCCAUGAAUGCUGCCUAUCAGAAUGCCUAUAAGAAGUCUCUAGAGGAAGCCAUUCAGUCAGAAACAUCAGGCCACUUCUGCCGCAUCCUUGUUUCUCUCGUGCAGGCUGCAAGAGAGGAGGGCCCUGCAGACGUAGAAAGAGCAAACGCAGAUGCUCAGGAACUUGCCAAUGCAGGCUCCGAUGACAUUGAGAUGAAGUUCAUGAGUAUUCUGUGCACCAGAAGUUACCCCCAUCUCAGGAGAGUAUUCCAGGAGUUUGUCAGAUACACCAACAAAGACAUUGAACAGGUUAUAAGGAAGGAAAUGUCUGGAGAUGUGAAAAAUGCCUUUUAUGCAAUAGUUCGCAGUGUAAAGAACAAGCCCUCUUACUUAGCAGACCGUUUGUACAAAGCCAUGAAGGGCCUUGGCACAGAUGACAGAGCACUCAUUCGAAUCAUGGUGUCCCGCAGCGAGAUCGACCUUUUCAACAUUCGUAAAGAGUUUAAGGAAGCAUAUGACGCCUCCCUCCAUGAAUUCAUCCAGGUAGAAACUAUGAUCGGUGAUACCUCAGGAGACUACCGUAAAACCCUGCUGGUGCUUUGUGGAGGUGAAGAUUAAGCUUGUCAUAUCCCCUGCAGCUUCGGUCACAAACUUUGGAGACAAACCACGAGACAGAGUGAAACUGUGGUGGUUAACGUCAGUAUCUAUUGUCUAUGACCUCCCAGCCUUCCAAGCCAGAUCUGUCUCAUGUCUGACUGUCCUGUCUGUAAGGACAGUGUCUUUCUUUCUUUUUUUUUUUUUUUUUUUACAGAGACAUAUGUAACAUGAAGAUGUUCACCUUAGUGUAGAAACAGGCUUCACACGUACUUGGUUUUUGUGACUAGUAAGUGCUCAGUGCCUUCAGACAAUUGGCUGUCCAAUGAUUACUGAGAUUAAUAAAUAAAAUAAAGUGUUGUCUUUUCUCUUUCUCUUUUCACAUUAUACUUUUUUUAGUGUACCAUUUAAUGCAUAUUACAUCAAAACACAUCCUGUGGCUGUACCUGUUUUUGAACAGUAUGUUUAACGGGUGGGGUACCAUGGUUUGUAUUUGACAGGGCUGUUCAUUUAUUAACUGUAUUGAUACCGGGCAUAGCAGAAUGGGAACUAGAAUAUUUACCAUUAGGAAUCUGCCACUCCAGUGCUUUUGCCUAGCAAUCUUAAAUCUUGUAUCCAAAAGUUAUUGUACAUAAUGCUGUAUAAGCAAAGGCUGAUACAAAAGAAUAACAGUUUGUUCAGAAUAAUGUAACAAUAAUAUGAUAGCAGCCAGCAGAUAAUGUUGCAGGGCCUACAUCUAAAUAAAAUCUUGUUAGCCUUUCUAUAUACACUGCUUCUUUACAUUUAGACACAUUGCAGAGUUAUAGCUUGACUUCCUCAGCUGUCUGACUAUAGACCAGAAAUCUAUACACUGACACAUUUAAUAAAUAACAGUGCACAUCAGUUCAUGUGCCUCUGUUGGACUCCUGCUUGUUGAUGAAAUAGAAAAAGCACAAGACAGUUCACUGCCUAUGUGUGAGCGCAGCUGUUGUCUGAGUUAAAAGAGGAAAGAAGAAAAAAAGAUGUAUGCGGUGAGGAAAUCCCCUGCAGUACACCAAAAUCCAAGGCAACAAAUAGAGUCUACAGCAAUCAGUCGGUUUUAAUGGCACACCCAACCAGAAAUCGCAUUAUUUGCUGAUAAUUAUAAAAGAUAAAGAGAUUACUUCAGUAGCACAUUGUUAAUAUGCAGGCAAUGUCAAAAUGUACACUUCUUGAAUUUCCCUUUUGAUGGUUGGGGGAACUUUGCAAUGCGGUGUUGAUCAGAACAGCUUGUACAGCAUGAAUUAAAUAGAUGUAGUUUACAUAUUCAAAGCUGUUAAGUCCUCAGAGAGCUAUGGGUGUUGCAAUGCAAUGUGAUCACGCAAUGCACUGUGUAUACAAGUUAAUAUAUUAGAGGUUAUUUGCAUAUUUUUCUUCAUCGUGUUCUUCUCAUUUGUCAAAUGUUUUGUGGCCUCUUUUGUUGACUUACAUUGAUGUGUGCAACAUGCUACAGGGUUUUAUGCAAAAAUGAAUGACAUAUAUUGUUUUUUUUUCCUCAUGUUUUGUUACUCAGUAAAGACACCACACAGUUGGACACACACCAGGUUCUGUUCAGUUUGAGCAUUCAGUAUCAGGCAAUUUAUGGGAAUUCCCCAAGCCUCGCAGUAAAAUUGCUUCCCCCCAUUCACCCAUUUCCGAGGGUUAAAAGUGCUUCUCUUACACAAGCUGAAUGUCUGGGUGAGUUGUUUAUUUGUUUUAACAUUUGAUACGUACUAACAGGACAUUUGUUGAGAUUUGUUAUCAUUUUUUGUGGCAUUUUUUUCUUUCAUUCAGGGCAGGUUAAAAUAACAUUAUGUUGUCAGUGAAAUGAGCAUUGUCCUCUGUGUGGAGCAUAACAUGGAAGGCAAAGGUGGCAUAGUGAAAAGAUUUAUUUCUGCUCUAUAUGCCAGAAAAAUUGCCAUUACCUCUGUAAUUGUGUGGCAUUUGCAGCAUUAUGUUUAUUUUAAAGCCAUCUUAAGUACAAAAUAUCAUGUUUUAGAUACUUAAAGAAAAAAAAAUUGAUGAUGAAACAAAACAUAGCUGAAAAGGGUAUUAUAAUCAUUGUUUGACAUUUGGGCACACUGGUUUCUUGGUCUUGGUAAAGUCUAGAGUUUACAUUUCCUCUAAAAAGUUAUAUAAAAACCUCUUAGAUAUCAAAUGGAAGUAUAUCUGUUGCCAGAGCACAUCUCAUCCUAAUGUUUUAAACAGUGAUAGAGCCUUCACAGCGAGGAUGUCCCCAGUUUAGGGCCUGGGGAGGACAACUAGAGUCACUAGUGAGCUAACAAAGAUCAUUUUGUAUUAAGUAGCACAGAGCUAAUGACUAUCUGCUGCUGAUUUCUGCUGCUAGGAGACAGGAGACCACACUGUCCUUGUGUCUCAGCAGGGUGAGGUGCAUAAUCUGUACUUGUCACACUGAGGGCUUCAAACUGAUCAUUACCCUGUCUCAUAUGUCAUCUGCUUGC